AUGAGCGUAGAUGAUUCCUUGCGAUCUCUAUCGUUGGAUUGCCUGAACCUGUUAAUCAACGGCCAAGCUUUCAGCGACGUAACCUUCAGCGUAGAAGGACGUUUAGUACACGCGCACCGCUGCAUCUUAGCAGCGCGUAGUCUGUUCUUCAGAAAAUUCUUUUGUGGGCCGGACCAACCGGGUGGGCUUGACCCACGGGUCAUGGGUCAAGCCUCAUCGCCUCGAGCCAGUGGUGGUCCGUCACAAAUAAUACCGGUUAACUCAGUCGGGUAUGAAGUUUUCAUGUUAUUGUUACAAUUUCUUUACAGUGGUCAAGUUUCAAUUGUUCCUCAAAAACACGAACCUCGCCCCAAUUGUGGCGAGCGCGGUUGUUGGCACACGCAUUGCACCUCCGCCGUUGAUCUUGCUCUUGAUACUCUCUCCGCCGCUCGAUCUUUCGGCGUUGAACAACUUGCUUUGCUUACUCAGAAGCAAUUGUCAAGUAUGGUAGAGAAGGCAUCAAUUGAAGAUGUAAUGAAAGUACUAAUAGCAUCAAGGAAGCAAGAAAUGCACCAACUAUGGACAACAUGCUCACACCUUGUAGCGAAAUCCGGCUUGCCUCCGGAAGUGCUAGCUAAACACCUUCCAAUCGACGUGGUAGCGAAAAUCGAGGAGCUCCGGUUAAAGUCAUCAAUAGCAAGGCGAUCAUCCCUUAUUCCUCAUCACCACCACCAUCACGCUCACGACCUCGGCCUCCCUUCCCCCGUGGAACAGGAGGACCACAAGAUCCGGCGUAUGAGACGUGCACUCGACUCCUCCGACGUGGAGCUAGUCAAGCUCAUGGUCAUGGGUGAAGGCCUAAAUUUAGACGAGGCAUUAGCACUACACUAUGCAGUAGAAAACUGCAGCCGUGAGGUUGUUAAGGCAUUGCUUGAGCUAGGGGCAGCCGACGUAAACUACCCGGCCGGCCCCACGGGGAAAACCCCUCUUCAUAUAGCAGCCGAGAUGGUGUCCCCGGACAUGGUGGCAGUGUUGUUAGACCACCACGCAGACCCGAACGUACGCACCGUAGACGGAGUCACUCCCCUAGACAUCCUAAGGACUUUAACCUCGGAUUUCCUCUUCAAAGGGGCGGUCCCGGGUUUAGCUCACAUUGAGCCCAACAAACUACGACUUUGUCUCGAACUCGUGCAGUCCGCUGCAAUGGUGAUCUCAAGAGAGGAAGCGAACGACAACAAUAACAACAACAACAACACCAACAACAACAACAAUAACACAUCGAUUUAUGCACCCGUUGGAGGCGAUCAAGAGAAUACUAGUAGUACUAGUAGUAGUGGAAAUGUUGGGAACAUUGGUAUAGAUUCAAGAAUGGUUUAUUUGAAUCUAGGGGCAGUUGGUUCAGCUUCAAUGGGAGAUCAUCACCACCACCAUAAUGAGGAUAAUAGUCAUACAAGUCACCGGAAUCCGGCGUCGAUUUACCAUCACCACCACCAGCAUCACCAUCAUCAUAACGAGUAUUGAAGUUAAAUUUUGGAGCUGAGGGUACGGACGUACGUACGGUUGGUGUUACAUAUUUUAGUUAAUUAAUUGAAAACAAUCAAUAUGUAAUUAUCCAUCUAUGCAACCUAAGUCAACAACAAAAUUACUACUACAUAGGUGGAUAAUACUAGAAUUAUUUACAUAAUUUUGCUCAUCAAUUAAUUCAAUUUGGGUUUCUCUCAUUUUUUUUUUUAAUUUUUUUUUCUUGGUUUUUCUAGGUUUUUAUUUUUUAUUUUUUGUGCAUGAUCAGUUUAAUGAUGAAUGAUUAUAUGCAAAAUGCAGUUGAUCAUGUGAAGUGGAAAUUCUGGCUUUUUUAGAGGAGCAUUAAUUCUACAAAAAAAAAGGAAAAAGAAAAAAAGAAAAAAAAAUUUAAGGUCAAUCUUUUCAAUACAAGCCUGUAAAAAUUAAAUUAUGUUUUGUGAAAAUAUUAUUACAUGGUUUAAUUCACCUCUGUGAAAUUACAAUAUCAUGCCCUAUUUAUUGCUAACUUUUCUUUUCUUCCUUGUCUCCCACUCAUCUUUUCUUCCCAUUAAAAUUUG